AUGUUUCACAUGUUCUUUUUGUGCUGGUGGAGUCUGACUGGUGUGUUUGGUGAGUCAGUGUCAGUGAUGGAGGGAGAUUCUGUCACACUAAAAACUGAUCUUACUGAAAUACAUGAAGACUAUGACAUACUGUGGAAAUUUAAAGGUGAAACGUCUCUGAUAGCUGAAAUCAGUAGAGCUGCUGGAAUCUUCUCCACAUAUGAUGGUACUGAUGAGAGAUUCAGAGACAGACUGAAGAUAAAUCAUCAGACUGGAUCUCUGACCAUCACAAACAUCACAACUCAACAUACUGGACUCUAUGAAGUAAAGAUAAGUGGAGCAAAACAAUCAUCAAAAACAUUCAGUGUUUCUGUCUAUGCUCGUCUGUCUGUUCCUGUCAUCAGCAGUAACUCUUCACAAUGUUCAUCAUCAUCAUCAUCAUCAUCAUAUUGUUCAUUGGUGUGUUCAGUGGUGAAUGUGGGUCAUGUGACUCUCUCCUGGUUCAAAGGAAACAGUUUAUUGUCCAGCAUCAGUGUGUCUGAUCUCAGCAUCAGUCUCUCUCUACCUCUGGAGGUGGAAUAUCAGGAUAACAACACCUACAGCUGUGUGCUCAACAAUCCCAUCAGCAACCAGACCAGACACCUGGACAUCAGUCAACUCUGUUACACAUGUGCAGAAGUCCAUGUCCACUGUUGCAGCUUUACUGAAGCUGUGAUCCGAUUGGUCAUCUCUACUCUGAUGGGCAUGGCUACUGUGGCUGUUCUGGUUUAUGAUGUCAGAUCUACAAGGGGUUAA